AUUUGUUGAGACGGAAAUGGUUCCGCUGUUAUUUCGAUCGGACCAUUAUUAGCGACGAACCAAACGUUCAAAUUGCAAAAAUCCAAAUCGCAUAUUUUAAACAUUUGCAGCUAAUAUUUGGCCAAGACAUGGCGGAACAACCAGUAAGAGUCUUGGCAUGUGGAGAUGUUGAAGGCAGACUGACCGCGCUGUUCAAUCGAGUCCAGACCAUCCAGAAGAAGGCCGGACAGUUUGAUCUGCUGCUGUGUGUUGGAGAGUUUUUUGGGACGACGCCGGAGGCCGAAGCAGAGUGGCAGCAGUACAAAACGGGAGCCAAGAAAGCUCCCAUCCACACUUACAUCCUCGGAGCAGCGAGCCAGGAGACGGUGAAGAGUUUCCCCAGCGCUGAUGGCUGCGAGCUGGCUGACAAUAUCACAUAUCUGGGUCGGCGCGGCGUGUUCACGGGCGUGUCGGGAUUACAGAUAGCCUACGUCAGCGGUCGGGAGGCCCUGCAGGAACCGGCCCCGGCUCACUGCUAUACAUCCAAAGAUCUGUCGGCCCUCGUGGCCCCGCUGACCAGCAGCUCCAAGUUCAGAGGAGUGGACAUCCUGUUGACGUCGCAGUGGCCCCGAGGAGUGUGGCACUACGGAAACAACCCGGAAGUGAACACAAAGUUCUGUGGGAGCAGCUCCGUCGCCACCCUGGCCGACAAACUGAAACCACGAUACCACUUUGCUGCACUAGAGGGCGCUCACUAUGAAAGACUCCCAUACAGGAACCAUGUUAUUCUCCAGGAAAAUGCGCAGCACGUCAGCCGCUUCAUAGCCCUGGCAAUCGUCAACAACCCCGCCAAGAAGAAGUAUUUGUACGCCUUCAACAUAAUCCCCAUGAAGACCAUGGAUCCAUCAGAGCUGGUGAAGCAGCCGCAGGACGUGACCGAAAACCCCUACAGAUGCCCCACAAAAGACAAGACGGACAAACUAAAGACGGGCUUCAGCACCACCGAGGAGGAGGAGGAGCCAGGCCAGCAGUUCUUCUUCGACCUGAGCAAGAAGCAGGGCGGCGGCGGCGGUUUUCGGGGCCGCGGCAGGAAGAGACAUUCAGACGGAGACGGACGAGGACGAGACCAGCAGCGCGACGGAGGAGACGAGCAUCAUCAGGGACAGCCCAAACAGCCCCGCAGGCCCCCUCAGGCCUCCGGUCCCUGCUGGUUCUGUCUGGCCAGUCCUCAGGUGGAGAAACACCUUGUCAUCAGCAUAGGAACACACUGCUACCUGGCUCUGGCUAAAGGCAGCCUGACUCCUCACCACAUGCUGAUCCUCCCCAUCGGCCACUACCAGUCCGUGGUGGAGCUGAGCUCCGAGGUGGUGCUGGAGAUGGACAAGUACAAGUCGGCCCUGAAGAGCUUCUACAAGAGCAAAGGAGAGCGCUGCGUGCUGUUUGAGAGGAAUUACAAGAGCCAACACCUGCAACUUCAGGUCGUCCCGGUGCCGCUGGACCGCUGCACCACGGAGGACAUCAAGGAGGCGUUCAUGGUCCAGGCUCAGGAGCAACAGAUGGAGCUGAUGGAGAUUCCUCAACACACCGACCUCAAACAGAUUGCUCCUCCAGGGACUCCGUACUUUUACGUGGAGUUGGACUCGGGGGAGAAACUCUACUACCGCAUCCAGAAACAUUUUCCUCUGCAGUUUGGAAGGGAGGUUCUGGCUAGCGAGGCGCUGCUGAACAUCCCGACCCGAGCUGACUGGAGGGAGUGUAAACAGAGCAGAGAGGAGGAGGAGGAGAGCUGCAAACAGCUGAGAGACAUCUUCCAGCCGUUUGACUUCGCCUGGGAAGACUAAUGCAACCACACACACACACACACUCUACAAAAUCUCCUCCCUUAAACUGUUAAAGGAAUAGUUCACUAAUUUGCUUUCUGGCAGACAUGAGAGUGGUAUCAAUCUUAUCUAACUCUCGGCAAACUAUGUUUUUAUGUUUUCUUUUUAAUAAUGUUUUGAAGUGAUGGAGGGAACUGAUAUUUUUGCAGCAAAGUUUUAUAAGUAAGCAUCAUGAAAGCCCCUCUUGUUUAAGGUUUAUUAAAGUGUCUAAAUCUUUCAGAAUUUUUCUUUCAAAACAUGUUUAUUUUUUUUAGAGACCUAAAGUUAAAGUAAAAUUUUCAAAAUGUGUCGAAAGGUUUGCAAUUCCAAAACCAAAAACGGGAAGACAUAUACAUAAUCAUAAUAUACAUAAUAUACAUAAUCAGUACCAGCGUUUUAAAAUGUCAACAGUGAGUGGUUGGGAUUGCUGUAUGUUGGUUUGUGAAGAUAUCUGUCUUUUAGUUAAUUCCUGAUACAUGAAAAAAAAGACAAAGAAAAAUCCUUAUUCCAGUUUGUGCAACUCCUUCACAAUAAAAGCUGAAAUCCACACAGACUGAGGCUCUAAAAAAGUUUUAUAAAUUGAACACCGUAAAAACUCAGCAACAUUUUCUAAAGUUUCUAUGGAGGCUCUUUGUUUUAACCUCAACUCGGGGGGAAAUUGUUUUUAAAUGUAUUUUGUAAAUGAACUACAAUUAAACUGUUAUUUUGGGUU